AUGAAGACAGAGACAGAUAUAGUAAUUAGGGUAGAGACAGAUAUGGCAAUGAAGAUGAAGACAGAUAUGGUGAUGAAGAUAGAGACAAAUAUAGGAAUUAGGGGUGAAGACGGAUAUUGCGAUGAAGAUAAAGACGGAUAUGGCGACGAAGAUGAAGACGGAUAUGAUGAUGAAGAAGAAGAUGGAUAUAACAAUGAAGACAGAUAUGGCAAUGAAGAUGAAUAUAAUGACAAGGCACCAACGGAGGCACCAACAGAAGCACUAACGAAAGCACCAACAGAAGCACCAACGAAAGCACCAAUGGAAGCACCAAUUAAAGUAAAAGCAGAACAUAUCGAUGUAAAUGAUUCAAACAAAGAUACCAAUAGAAAGUGA